AUGGUCAUUGCAACAGGCGAGGGAGGCUGGCUGAUGCUGGGCUUUACGCUGGAUGCCCACAACAUCAAGCUCUUUGCCCAGGCCUCCAGCGAAUCACUGGCCAAGCGCUUCCACCUCGCCCACGACAGGUCGGACCUCAUCUACCAUGGCAGGGUCACGCCUGGCAGGAAAAGCAUUUGGCAGCUCCGCCCUGGCCUCAAAUUCUUAGGCGAGGUGGCGCGCACCUAUGGGCUACUCCCGCCUCUCGAGCGCUUGCGUCCGAGUGCCGACAGCAACGGCGAAGGCAACUGUGACUUGGCGGAGAAAAAGGAGGAGGACUUGAAUGAGGAGAGAGACAAUAGGCUGCGGGUCCUGGCGGUGCUGUUCCCUGCCCGGCAGAGCCGACGCAGGCGACACAGCCGAAAGGGCAGCGCCAUUCGGCAUCUGCAUGACAUGUCAUCCACGUGGAUGGGCAGCUGCCGCACGGGCAGAGUCGCAUGA